AUGGCCAAAGAUUCGGGGAUAUCGCCGUCUGCGACCCCCCCUCCAGCGGCAUUGAAGCGGACGACGUCGAGCACGCAAAACAUGAAGAACCAGAAAUCCAUCCUUGGAUUCUUUCAAAAGUCUUCUCCGGCGACACCAUCCAGCAAUAAACCCCGUGAGCCUGAGUCUUCUCCGGCUCAACGAGCCGGUGAGCAGCGAAGAGGAAGUGCAAUCAAGCCAACACCGAAGAGGAGUUUCUCGAGCUUUGCUGGGGAUCUUACCCCAGUCCCUAGCAGUGACUUGCCCGUACCGGACGAAGAGGAGGUAGUUGGAAAUGGGACGAAAGUAUGGUCAAAGGCACUUCUACCUUCAAGAAAUCUUGCGCUGACACCUGCAUCUUCCCUCUUCCAGCCUACACCUGACGAAUCCCAAGAGAAUGCAAUGACUCCAUCGCGGCGUGCCAAAAAGAAGCAGAUCAGCUAUAAGGAAUCGGAUUCCGAAGGUGAAGAUGACGAUGAGGUCAUUUUCCGCCCAAGCCGGAAGGCCAGCACAAACGGACGCGCAGCAAAACGGAGAAAAACCGUUGAGGAUAGCGAUGAUGAAUUCGAGGGUGCCGACGCGAUCGGAUACUCGGAUGACGGUAGGCGUACUGGCCUCGUCGCGUAUGGGCUUUUCGCUGAUCAGGCUACAGAAAUGGAGGAUUUUAUCGUUGCCGACGAGUCUGAUGAAGAGUCCGCACCGAAAAAACGUAAACGACCUGCCGCGGCGCCUUCGCGGAAGAGCGUAAAUCGGGCUCCUUCUUCACCACCACCCCCGCCGGCCGAAGACGAUCUUGACCUGGAUUUGCCAGAGGGCUCAGCCGGAACGGCCUUGCAGUGGAAAUUUGAUCCCGAAAACGUUGAGCCGCGAAAGGAGCGCGCAGUCCAACACCAGUCAAACUCAGCGACGGGCACGAAGAAAGAGAAAGCCCAUACAAGAGAGCCUGAGGAUCGCUACCCUUGGCUGGCAAAUAUCAAAGACAUCGAUGGAAAUCCCCCUGGACAUCCCGACUAUGAUCCUCGCACCAUCUACAUUCCCCCAUUGGCCUGGUCCAAAUUUUCACCAUUCGAGAAACAAUAUUGGGAGAUCAAGCAAAAGUUCUGGGAUACGGUGGUCUUCUUCAAGAAGGGCAAAUUCUACGAGCUUUAUGAAAAUGACGCCACAAUUGGCCAUCAGCUGUUUGAUCUCAAACUCACCGAUCGUGUCAAUAUGCGGAUGGUCGGUGUCCCCGAGAUGAGUCUGUCCCACUGGGCCAAUCAAUUUGUUGCCAAGGGAUUCAAGAUCGCUCGCGUGGAUCAAUCCGAGUCUGCGCUUGGAAAGGAAAUGCGCGAACGAGACGCGAAAAAGGGUGGCAAGGAAGACAAGAUCAUCAAGCGUGAGCUAGCUUGUGUCCUCACCGGAGGAACCCUCGUUGAGGGAUCCAUGCUCCAGGACGACAUGUCUACGUACUGCGUUGCCGUCAAGGAGGCAAUCGUGGAUGAUCGCCCUGCCUUUGGUCUGGCCUUUGUGGAUACCGCAACGGGCCAGUUCUUCAUUUCUGAGUUUAUCGACGACCUGGAUAUGACCAAGUUCGAAACGUUCGUGGCACAGACAAGACCCCAGGAAAUGCUUCUGGAGAGGGGCUGUGUGUCAUCAAAAGUGAUGCGUAUUCUCAAGAACAACACGGGGCCUACAACCAUUUGGAAUUACCUGAAACCAGGCAAGGAAUUCUGGGAGGCGGACAUUACUCUGAAGGAGCUUGAUGCCUGUGAGUACUUUGUCUCGCAGGACGAUGACAACAUCACAGCCUGGCCCGAAGCACUGCGUGAUGCCCGAGACAAAGAGCUCCUCAUGUCUGCCUUUGGUGCUCUCACGCAGUAUCUCCGAGUUCUCAAGAUUGAGCGAGAUCUGAUUACCAUUGGCAAUUUUUCCUGGUACGACCCCAUCAAGAAGGCUUCCAGUCUCGUCUUGGAUGGACAGACUUUGAUCAACAUGGAAAUCUUUGCCAAUUCGUUCGACGGUGGUCAAGAGGGCACUCUGUUCCAGCUUUUGAAUCGUUGCAUCACUCCAUUUGGGAAGCGUACGUUUAAGCAAUGGGUAUGCCAUCCUUUAAUGGACGCAAAGCGGAUCAAUGCAAGGCUUGAUGCUGUUGAUGCCUUCAAUGCGGAUCCCAGUACUCGGGAUCAAUUUUCUUCGCAAUUGACCAAAAUGCCGGAUCUUGAACGCCUCAUUUCGCGUGUCCAUGCCGGCGUCUGCAAGGCUCAAGACUUUGUUCGCGUCCUCGAGGGAUUUGAGCAAAUCGAGUACACCAUGGGUUUGCUCAGGGAAAGCGGUUCCGGAGACGGUAUCAUCGGUCAGCUUAUUGAGGGAAUGCCAGACCUCACAUCAUUACUGUCGUAUUGGAAAACCGCGUUUGAUCGACCGAAGGCGAAAGAGAAUGGGAUUUUGGUUCCCGAAGCUGGCGUCGAGGACGACUUUGACAGAUCACAGGAGACCAUUGAACAGCUUCACAAAGAUCUCGACAAUCUCUUGAAGAAGGCCCGUCGCGACUUGGGCUCCACUGCCAUCUGCUAUCGUGACAACGGAAAGGAGAUCUAUCAACUCGAAGUUCCAAUCAAGGUCAAGAACAUCCCGAAGAACUGGGAUCAAAUGUCCGCAACCAAGCAGGUGAAACGAUACUACUUCCCCGAACUUCGCAGCCUGAUUCGAAAAUUGCAAGAGGCCCAAGAAACCCACAGUCAAAUCGUGAAGGAGGUCGCUGGUCGAUUCCAUGCUCGAUUCGAUGAGCACUACGGCACAUGGCUUGCGGCUGUACGUAUCGUUGCACAGCUAGAUUGUCUGAUCAGUUUGGCCAAGGCUUCUGCCUCACUCGGGCAACCGAGCUGCCGUCCUAUCUUUGUGGAAGAAAAGCGCAGCGUCCUCGAAUUUGACGAGCUCCGACACCCUUGUCUUCUUUCGUCCGUGGAGGACUUUAUCCCGAACGAUGUGCAACUCGGUGGCAAGCAUGCGAACAUCGAUCUGCUUACAGGUGCCAACGCCGCUGGAAAAUCGACUCUUCUGCGAAUGACCUGUGUAGCUGUCAUCAUGGCUCAAAUCGGAUGUUACUUGCCGUGCAAGUCUGCUAGGUUGACUCCGGUUGAUCGCAUCAUGUCCCGCUUGGGUGCGAAUGACAAUAUUUUUGCUGCGCAGUCGACCUUCUUUGUUGAAUUGGCCGAGACCAAAAAGAUCCUCUCCGAAGCCACGCCACGAUCGCUGGUCAUCCUGGACGAGCUUGGUCGCGGUACCAGUUCCUACGAUGGCGUUGCGGUCGCGCAAGCUGUAUUGCACCAUGUUGCGACACACAUCGGUGCCAUGGGAUUCUUCGCAACGCACUACCACUCACUCGCGGCCGAGUUUGAGCAUCACCCUGAAAUCGCUCCCAAGCGGAUGGCAAUCCACGUCGACGAUGUUGAGCGCCGGGUCACCUUCCUUUACAAACUUGAGAGCGGCGUGGCAGAGGGCAGUUUCGGUAUGCACUGCGCGGCCAUGUGUGGAAUCUCUAACAAGGUCAUCGAACGCGCCGAGGUUGCGGCCAAGCAAUGGGAACAUACCAGUCGUCUCAAGGAAAGCUUGGAACGUCGCAAAGGCGGCGGUUUGGUUGGACUGGGCUGGUGGAGUGAUGUUGCCUGGGCCUUGCGCGAGUCAACCGCCAAUGACGAGGGCGAGGAGGAGGGCGUCACCGAGUUGGGAUUGGAGGUACUGCAAAAGGCUAUUGAGGCUUUGUAG